AUGCCAGAAUAUGUCAGACAACUUGCGGAAGUACUUUCUAAUGUCAACAACGGUCCUUUUAUUAGGAAAGCGGCCGGUCUUCAACUUAAAAACACUUUGUUCUCUAGUGGUCAAACAUCUUUUGAUCAGAAAAAGACCAGAUGGCUUUCAACGCCUUCAGAUAUGCGAGAUUACGUGAAGAAAUGUGCUAUGAUGGCACUUGAUACUGAAACAAUAAGACCAUCUACAGCGGCACAGUGUGUGGCUGCCAUCGCUUGUAUCGAGCUCCCUCUGAAUCAAUGGGCUGAUGUUAUUGACCAGUUGAGCGUUAAUGUUACAAGGCCGGAAAGCUCGCCAAUGUUGAGGGAAGCAUCGCUGGAAGCGUUGGGGUAUAUCUGUCAGGAUGCUCGUGAUCUUCCAUAUACUGGGCCGAUAUUAACAGCAAUUGUACAUGGGAUGCGUGAGGAGGAGACGUCCAAUACAAUUCGACUAGCGGCUACAACAGCUUUGCUAAACUCGUUGGAUUUUGCCAAACAAAGUUUUGAGACUGAAACUGAACGCAACAUUAUCAUGCAAGUGACCUGCAAUGCCACCCAGUCUACAGAAACAUCAAUUAAAGUGGUUGCUCUUCAAUGUUUGGUCAAAAUAGUUUCUCUCUACUAUCGGCACAUGGAACCUUAUAUGGGACGCGCUCUUUUUCAAAUAACCCUUCAGGCAAUGAAAGAUCCGGUUGAUGAAGUCUCUCUACAAGGAAUUGAAUUUUGGUCAAAUGUAUGCGAUGAAGAAUUGAAUUUGGCUGCUGAGGCUGAAGAGGCUGUCGACCAAGGCACAACGCCAGAAAAUGUUUCAAAACAUUAUGCUUUGGGUGCUCUCCCGCAUAUUUUGCCUACUCUCACAGAAAAAUUAGCGAAACAAGAAGCAGACUCUGAAGAUGAUUGGAACCCUGCAAAAUCGUCAGGAAUUGCUGUCAUGUUGCUAGCUCAAUGUUGUGGCGAUGCAAUUAUUGAUUUGAUACUUCCUUUCAUUACACAACACUUUACGAAUCCGGAUUGGCAUUAUAGAGAGGCAGCAAUAAUGGCAUUUGGUUCAAUUUUGGAAGGGCCGACUAAACAAAAACUUUUGCUGUUGGUUGAACAGGCUAUACAGCCAUUGAUUGUUACGCUUUCGGAUACUCAUCCAGCAAUAAAAGACACUGCAGCUUGGGCAAUUGGAAGAGUUUGCGAUACUUGUGAAGGAAUUGUAACUCGUGAACAAACUUUGAGUUUGUUGUUGCCGGCACUUUCUUCAGCUUUACAGGAUCAACCAAGGGUGGCUACAAAUGUUUGCUGGGCAAUCUCAAGUCUUGUAAAGGCCGCCUAUAAAGUCGCUGUCGACCAAGGAGGAGCUGUGGAUGAGAAGGGUACUCCACAAACUUUCAUUUUGAGUCCAGUCUUCCAAAAUAUGGUUACUGAGUUAAUUAAGACGUCUGACAGGACCGAUUCCAACGAAAAUAAACUUCGAAUAGCUGCAUAUGAAGCCUUGAUGGAAUUAAUCAAAAAUAGCCCAACUGAUUGUUAUCCAGCUGUUCAACAAACUACAAUAAUUAUUUUGGGCAAAUUGGAGUCUUUGUUGAGUAUAGAAGAUGCUUUAAUUUCGUCUAAUGAACGUUCUCAGCUUCGUGAUCUUCAAUCUCAACUUUGUGCAACUCUUCAAUCUGUUUUACACAAAAUUCGUUGUGAGGAUGCUCCUCUGAUUUCUGACAGUAUUAUGGCGGGUCUUCUUCGGAUUAUGGGACGUUGUACGGGGAAAGAGAGUGAGGCUGUUGUUGAAGAAGCUUUAAUGGCAAUUACUGCUCUUAUUGAAGGUGUCUAUUUUUUAAUUUAUUUGAUAGGGGUGAUGGAAUAG